CUCGGUCUUUCUCUCUCGUUUGUCCGAUUUGACGAACAUUCGAAAACUUUGAGAACAUUCAUUUGUGGCGUGCACAUCGUUUCGUGUCUUAGUUGACUUAAAAAAUGCGUUACGUGGCCGCUUACCUACUUGCCACCCUUGGAGGGAACAAAAAUCCAUCUGCAUCAGACAUCACAGCCAUCCUUGGAAGUGUUGGCAUUGAUGUUGAGUCAGAUCAACUUGAUGUAGUCAUGAAGGAGUUGAGUGGAAAGGAUAUCAAUGAGGUGAUUGAAGCAGGCAAAUCCAAGCUGGCAUCAGUUCCAACAGGUGGUGCUGUGAUGGCAGCAGCAUCAUCAGGUGGGGGCGCUGCUGCUCCUGCGGGUGAGAAGGCAGAGGAGGAAAAGAAAGAAGAGAAGAAGGAAGAGGAGGAAGAAGAAUCUGAUGAUGACAUGGGAUUUGGCUUGUUUGAUUAGGCAAUUCUACCUGAAUACAAAUAAAUCUUUGUAGCCUCCAGGA